GAUGGACAGGGACAGAUACUCCAGCGUUUCCCGGAGAAGGACUGGGAGGACAACCCCUUUCCCCAAGGCAUCGAGCUGUUCUGCCAGCCCAGCGGGUGGCAGCUCUUCACGGAGAGGAACCCCCCCACCUUCUUCGUGGCUGUGCUGACCGACAUCAACUCGGAGCGGCAUUACUGCGCCUGCUUCACCUUCUGGGAGGCUGUUGAGAGCGCACAGAGCCACCCCAGGAAUGGUGAGGGGGAGGAGGAGGAAGAGGAGCCAUCGUCUCCCGUUCAACCCGCUCAGCUCUUCGCUCCCAAAAGCUUGGUGCUGGUGUCGCGGCUGGACCACGCGGAGGUGUUCAGGAACAGCCUGGGUUUGAUCUAUACCAUCUACGUGGACGGACUGAGUGUGUCCCUGGAGAACGUCAUCGGGAACCUCCUGACGUGUACCAUCCCCAUCACCGGGGGAGCUCAGAGGACGAUCUCUCUGGGAGCAGGGGACAGGCAGGUGAUCCAGACACCCAUCAAUGACUCGCUUCCCGUCAGCAGCUGCAGCGUGGCCCUGCUCUUCCGCCAGCUUGGCAUCACCAAUGUGCUGUAUCUCUUCUGUGCAGCGCUUACUGAGCACAAGAUCCUGUUUCUCUCCAGCAGUUACCAGAGGCUCACUGACGCCUGCCGGGCUCUCCUUGCGCUGAUGUUCCCCCUCAAGUACAGUUUCACGUACGUGCCCAUCUUGCCUGCACAGCUCCUUGAGGUACUGAGCACGCCAACACCCUUCAUCAUCGGCGUCCACUCCAUCUUCCAGUCGGAGACGCAGGAGCUGCUGGAUGUUGUUAUCGCAGACCUGGACGGCGGGACAGUGAAUGUCCCCGAGUGUGUACAUAUCUCCCUGCUCCCUGAACCUCUGCUCCAGCAGACGCGGGAAGCCCUCUCCAUGGUCUUGGACCCAGAGCUGGAGGUGGCAGAUCUCGCAUUCCCCCCUUCAACAAUUUCUGCCUCUUCUCUCAAAAUGCAGGAUAAGGAGAUCCGGGCUGUCUUCCUCCGCUUGUUUGCACAGCUGCUUCAGGGUUAUCGCUGGUGUCUGCACAUCAUCCGCAUCCAUCCCGAGCCGGUCAUCCGAUUCCAUAAGGCAGCCUUCCUUGGGCAGAGGGGACUGACGGAGGAUGACUUCCUCACCAAGGUGCUGGAGGGCAUGGCCUUCGCCGGCUUCGUGACCGAGCGGGGCGCCCCGUACCGCUCAAUCGACCUGUUUGAUGAGCUUGUGGCUUAUGAAGUGAAGCGCAUGCGCGCGGAAGAGGGGAACAAGCAGAAGGUACUGCGGCACAUCAAGGAGCUGGCGGAGAAGCUGUACAAAAACGAGAACCCGUACCCCGCGGUGACCAUGCACAAGGUGCAGAAGCCCACAGAAGGCUGUCACCUGCGCCUCCACCAGAAGCCUUUUCCCCGUCUGGAUGAGGGGACAGUGCAGUGGAUCAUCGACCAGGCCACCGCCAAGCUGCAGACGGCCCCUCCUGCUGUGAAGGCGGAGAAGAAGUGCAUGGUGCCAUCGGGACCCCCCAUUGCUGCCAUCAUGGAGCGCAACGGCAAUGCCCUGGCCAACAGCGCCCGUCGCCUGGAGGUGGUGAGGAACUGCAUCUCCUACGUCUUUGAGAACAAGAUGUUAGAAGCCAAAAAGUUGUUCCCUGCUGUGCUGCGCGCCAUGAAGGGCCGGGCAGCCCGGCACUGCCUGACCCAGGAGCUGAACCUGCACGUGCAGCAGAACCGGGCCGUGCUGGAUCACCAGCAGUUUGAUUUCAUAAUCCGCAUGAUGAACUGCUGUUUGCAGGACUGCACUGCCAUGGACGAGCACGGGAUCGCAGCCGCUCUCUUGCCGCUGGUCACCGCGUUCUGCCGAAAACUGAGCCCGGGCAUCACGCAGUUUGCCUACAGCUGUGUGCAGGAGCACGUGGUGUGGACCAACAUCCAGUUCUGGGAGGCCAUGUUCUACUGCGAUGUGCAGAACCACAUCCGAGCCUUGUACCUGGACAACAACGAGGAGAACCGCGUGGAUGAGGAGAGCACGGAGGAGCCGCAGGAAGCCAAGUCUGCCCUGGAGAUAGCGUCGGAGCAGCUGAGGCUCUGGCCCACCAUGAGCCGAGAGAAGCAGCAGGAGCUGAUCCAGAAGGAGGAGAGCACUGUCUUCAGCCAGGCCAUCCACUACGCCAACCGCAUGAGCUACCUGCUGCUGCCUCUCGACACCAGCAAGAACCGCCUGCUACGCAGCUCUGGGCUGGGGGACGUGGAGAGUGUCAGCAACAGCUUCGUCACCAACAGCAUCGCCGGCAGCGUGGCUGAGAGCUAUGACACAGAAAGUGGAUUUGAGGACGCCGAGAGUUCCGACGUGGCCAACUACGUGGUGCGAUUCAUCAACCGCUUUGUGGACAAAGUCUGCACGGAGAGUGGAGUCACCAACGAGCACCUCAAGGGGCUGCAUGUCAUGAUCCCUGAUAUUGUGCAGAUGCACAUAGAGACACUGGACGCCGUGCACAGGGAGAGCAAGAGGCUUCCUCCCAUCCAGAAGCCAAAGCUGCUGCGCCCCAACCUGUUGGUGGGUGAGGAGUGUGUGAUGGAAGGGCUCCGCGUGUACCUCAUGCCUGAUGGACGGGAAGAAGCCGCUGGAGGGAAUAUUGGUGGUCCACCUCUCCUCCCCGCGGAAGGAGCCAUUUUCCUCACCACUUACCGCAUCAUCUUCAAAGGCACUCCCACGGACCCUCUGGUGGGGGAGCAGGUGGUGAUCCGGUCCUUCCCCAUCGCCUCACUGACCAAAGAGAAGAAGAUCAAUAUCCAGGCCCAGGUGGAUCAGUUCAUCCAGGAGGGCUUGCAGCUGCGCUCGUGCACAUUCCAGUUGCUGAAGAUUGCCUUCGAUGAGGAGGUGGCUUCAGACAGCGCUGAGGUCUUCAGGAAGCACCUGCACAAGCUGCGCUACCCCCAGCACGUGCGUGGCACCUUCGCCUUCACCGUGGGCCAGUCCCCCAAGCAAGCCAUGCAGCCCAAGGCCAAGGAGAAGAACCCCUCGCUCAGGACACUCUCCAAAAACCUGGUGAAAAACGCCAAGAAAACAAUUGGCCGCCAAUACGUGACGCGAAAGAAAUACACGCCGCCCAUGUGGGAGCAGCGGAGCAGCCAGCACUUCCCGGAGGACAACGAGGACGAGAUCUCAGUGUCUGAAGAGAUGGACAGAAGCACUUUGAACCCCACCACCACCAUCAGACCUUCGGACAAGAUGACCAUCAACCACUUGGUGGAGCGAGCCUGCUGCCGCGACUACCAGCGCAUGGGGCUGGGCACCCUCAGCAGCAGCCUCACCCGCUCCAACUCGGGGGGCCUGCACGGCAAGGGAGUCGUCGGCCUCUUCAAGUCCCAGAACGCCCCCACCGCAGGCCCCUCGCAGACGGACUCCACCAGUUUGGAGCAGGAGAAGUACCUGCAGGCCGUCAUCAACUCCAUGCCGCACUACGCCGACGCCAGUGGGCGCAACACGCUCAGUGGCUUCACCUCCGCGCACAUGAGCAGCUCAGAUUUCUCCGACAAGAGACAGCCUAAGCUGGGAUCGCUCAUGAAGCAGGUGAUGGGAGGGAAGGACGAUGGGCCCGGUACUAUUAGCCGCGGAGGCAAGUGGGGCAGCAUCCGAGCCAGCGGGCGCAUGAGCAGCUACGCCCUGAACAUGGAGAUCGGCUCGCGCCUGGCUGGGAAGGACCUGCUGGGUGCCCAGCACAACGGCACCCCCGCGGAGGCCAGCUUCCUGCGCCAGCACCGCGCCUCGCUCUACAUCAUCGGGGACAAGUCGCAGCUGAAGGGGGUGAAACCGGACCCGCUGCAGCACUGGGAGGUGGUGCCCAUCGAGGUGUUCGACGUGCGGCAGGUGAAGGCCAGCUUCAAGAAGCUGAUGAAGGCCUGUGUGCCCGGCUGCCCCUCCACCGACCCCAGCGUCGCCUACUUGCGGUCCCUGGAGGAGUCCGAGUGGCUGUCCCAGAUCCAUAAGAUCCUGCAGAUUUCGGUGUUGGUGGUGGAGCUCCUGGACACGGGCUCCUCCGUGCUGGUCAGCCUGGAGGACGGCUGGGACAUCACCACGCAGGAAGGAGCCCUACAGCUGCCGCACGCGACGGCUGGCCGCGGCCGGCUCCCCCCGAGCCGGCAGAUCCACCUGCAGUUCCCCAUGGAGUUCGAGUUCAGCCAAUACUACCUGAAAUUCCUCAGCUACCACUACAUUUCCAACCGUUUCCGGACGUUCCUGCUGGACUCCGACUACGAGCGCAUCGAGCUGGGCCUCCUUUACGAGGAGAAGGGCGAGCGGAAGAGCCAGCAGGUCUACAAGUCCAUCUGGGAUUACAUCGACCGGCUGAACAAGAAAGCCCCCAUCUUCUUCAACUACAUGUAUGCCCCCGAGGAUGGGGAGGUGCUAAGGCCGUACAGCAACAUUUCCAACCUGAAGGUGUGGGACUACUAUACGGAGGAGACGCUUUCCGAGGGCCCCUCCUACGACUGGGAGCUGGCGCAGGGGCAGCCGGAGCACGUGGAGGAGGCGGACCGGCAGGACACCAGUGCCCCCCAGACGAAGCGCAAGAUCAUCUGGCCGUGUUAUGACAACCGCAGCCGCGUGGAGCCCGACGCCAUCUCCAAACUGCUGGAGGAGCUGCACAACCUGGAGAUGGGGCUGGGGCAGGUCCCGGAGCGCUGGAAGGACACGUGGGACAAGGUCAAAGCUUCCCAGCGCACCGAGGCGCGGCAGGAGGGAAGCCGGCGUGGCCCCCAAUCGCUUCACCACUUCUUGUCCCCGCUGACGCGCUACAGAUCGAACUGCCCUUCAGCCCUCUCUCCUGCCCGCCCUAACGCGCUGCCUCGCUCCCCCAGGUCCUACGAGGGGUCGCUGUACAAGAAAGGCGCCUUCAUGAAACCGUGGAAGCCUCGCUGGUUCGUGCUGGAUAAAACCAAACAUCAGCUGCGGUACUACGACAGCCGGAUGGACACGGAGUGCAAAGGGGUGAUUGACCUGGCCGAGGUGGAGUCCAUCACCCCAGGAACCCCCACCAUGGGGGCCCCCAAGACGGUGGACGAGAAAGCCUUCUUCGAUCCAGACAGCCCCUACAGCCCGCGGGCGCCAGAGUUCAUCCGGAAUCACCAACGCUGCCACAGCACCGCUCCCCGCAGGAUCACGGCUCUCCUGCUCGAGACGGACACUCUCCUCUCCCGGCACACACCUCUGGGCUGUCCCGGCGAAGCAGCCCGGCGCCCGACCCGCGUCCCCUUCCACGGGCGGCUGCGGAUUCGCAGGAUCCCACGGCACAACGACCCCCCACAGCCCCCAACCGCACCACCGCCGCCGCCGGCCGGAGCAGAGUCCCAUUUCCGCAUGUACCGAUUCAACACAGAAUGUUUUAAUGUUUCCGUUAUUUUCAGUGACGCGGACACCGCGCGGCUGCUGAAGGUGUGA